AUGUCGAACACAGAAGAAGGUAAGGGUCAGAACGUCAAAGUUGUGCUGAGAUGUCGCCCAAUGACGCCGUCGGAGGCGGCAAAGGAGAAGCAGGCUCUGCGAUGCCUCAAUGAGAAAACAGUAGAAGUCUCCUACGCGUCCCUUGGAAAGGCGUCGAAGAAAGCGUUCAUGUUCGAUGGCGUGUACGAUCAGUCAUCGUCGCAGAAGGAUGUGUUUGAGCACGUGGUGAAGCCAGUUGUAGACGAAGUGCUUCAAGGCUACAACUGCACGGUCUUCGCAUACGGUCAGACCGGAACAGGCAAGACUUACACCAUGGAGGGCGAGGUCAACAACUGUGGCAGCGUGAUGCCUCCAGGAGCAGGCGUUGUUCCUCGAGCUGUAGCGCAUGUGUUCAAGUACCUUGAGGAGAACGACUUCGAGUAUCAAGUUCGUAUCUCUGUGGUGGAGCUAUACAACGAAGAGCUGUCCGACCUGAUCGCAUCCACCGACGAUCACUGCACGGGCCAACUGCGCAAGCUGAGGCUGAUGGAGGACCCGAAGAAGGGAGUGGUGCUACAAGGAGUGGAGGAGAGAGCCGUCAAGUCCGCUGCUGACAUCUUCUCAAUCCUCGAGGGGACAAACAAGCAGCGCCAUACCGCAGAGACGCUGUGCAACAAGCAGUCCUCCCGCUCUCACCAGAUCUUCACUCUCAAGAUCUUUAUGAAGGAAAAGACCCUCGAUGAGGAGGAGGUUAUCAAGACCGGCCAACUGAACCUCGUCGAUCUUGCAGGCAGCGAGUGCGUCGGAAGGAGCGGAGCACUGGGAGACAGGAAGAAGGAGGCCGGGCAGAUCAACCAGUCCCUCCUCACGCUCGGGCGAGUCAUCACAGCGUUGGUGGAGCAUCAGCCGCACGUACCGUACAGGGAGAGCAAGCUGACCCGCCUGCUUCAAGACUCUCUCGGAGGGAAGACCAAGACCCUCAUCAUCGCCACCGUCUCCCCGACCUCUGGCAACAUCGAAGAGACUCUCGGCACGCUCGACUACGCCUGCAGGGCGAAGAACAUCAAGAACACACCAGAGAUCAACCAACUGAAGGCUCAGCGCGAGGCGAACGGAGUUUACCUCUCCUCCCAGAAGUACGAGGAGAUGCACACGGAGAUUGAGCGACUCAAGCAGGCAUGA